AUGACGGCGAAAGAACGAGUUAUCAAGAAGAAAGAUGUUAAUUUGAAAUUCUUGGCAGCUACUUUACCAGCCUUAUUCAGGGGCAGUACUGAAGUCUUUGGUCAAUUAGUAAGAUGGUUGGAAAUCCGAGAUAGUUCUGCUGUUUGGGAAAGACUCAGUUCGCGCUUUUUUACUGAUGAAUCCAAUGGCGUUCUCUACGCGGAAGAUGUAGUUUUUCAUGUUGCAGUAGUAGCAAAAGACGGAAAAUCUUUAUAUCAAUUUUAUUCGUUUAAGAAAUUGCUUGGCAAUGCCAUUGUUAGCAACCGGAAUGUCAAAAGAGUUCUUUUUUAUAAAAUGCUACUGGUGAAAGUAUUUGAUUUGAAAGAAGCAGUGCCGUUGAAAUUGUCUGCAUGCCUUAAUGUCGGUUGUUCUUAUGAACAAGAAGAUGAUGGUCCCUGGUGUACGUUGUACACUGAGACGAUUUUGAACCUUUUGAAUGCUUGGAGUGAUGGUGUACAUUUGGUGCAUGCUUCAGAUGAGCAGCGUUAUUAUGUGGAUAAUGCCCUACUGCAGCUGGUUAAAGAUGCGAAGUUGGUUUAUAAUUUCAAUGAGACCGAUUUCCCUGCUGUUUUCCUGUUCAGUGUGUAG